UCUAACUUCAUUUUCGCGCGUGGUUUCGUACGCUUUACAUGUGUUAUUAGCAUAUUCGUCAUUCGGAUACUGAAAUUGAGCUGUCAGUGGAAUUACUCCAAUUUGUGUUAUGAGACGUUCUUCUCUGGGUGAACCGGUUUCUGUACAAGAAAAUAAUGGUUGUGAUGUAAAUAAUAUCAAGCUUCCAUUAACUUUGACUUCCAAUGGAACUUAUACUGAUUUCUUAGAAAAUACACUUUCUCCAACCAGAAAUUCAGAGAAAGACGGAGUAUCCAAUAGGCUGCCAUGGAACCAGAUUGAAUCCGAAACUCUGAUGGCUGCUCCAGCUUCUCCAUUGAAAAUAAAGUUUCCUGAAGCCGGCUAUGCCGUCAUCAAACGUCGCACUAAAGUCGCCAAGGGUGUUCAAACCGAUGAGACGCGAAAGCGUUGUUGGCGGCACAGUCGUGGUGUCACGGCGACAGAAAAAUUUUAUCAAGAGAAUCAAGAGGUAAAUCAAGGGACACUGACUCGUUGCCAAAGCGCGAAAAACGAACUUGCGCAUCAAAUUGCAUCUUCUAAGUCAACUUUACGUAAUGCACUUCCUCACGUAAACUUCUCCAGAUGGUCAAGGCCGAACAAG